AUGAAGUUCAACGUCGGCGCCGACUCGACCCAGGCGACGCCUGCGGCCCCAAAGACGUGCCCCGAAGGCAUGCACGCCAAGCCCGCGGCUGCGAUGCCGGCGGACCACCCGCCAGUGCCGGCCGGCAUGGGUGCCGAUGCGUGCCCCGUUAACGACGAUGCGCGCAAGGUCUGGACCGAUGUGGCCGAACAGGCCUCGAAGGCUGCUCCCGCUAGGCCGCAGCGUGCCCAGCUCUCUACGGAGCGCGAGAUCUCGUCGAUUCCCCGCUCCUCGCAUAGCCAGUACACGCACAACUCGGAGCAGGCAGCGCUUCCGACGCCCGAGGAGGAGCAGACCGACAAGUGGGUGUACCCCUCUGAGCAGCAAUUUUUCAACGCGAUGCUACGCAAGAACCACAAGCCGCGCCAAGCCGACAUGCGCACGAUCGUCCCGAUCCACAACGCUGUCAACGAGAAGGCUUGGGAGGACAUUCUUAUGUGGGAAGCCGGCAAGGGUGGGGACCGCUGUGGUGGAGUUCGCUUGACUAGCUUUGUCGGAAGGCCUAAGGAGCGUUCGCCGAAGGCUUGGAUCAAGACCAUGUUCGGAUACACCCCUCCGUUCGACCGCCACGACUGGAUCGUGGACCGCUGUGGGACGCAGAUUCGCUACGUGAUUGAUUUCUACACAGGCAAGCCCGACCCGAACAACCCGCAGAAGAUGGCGUUCUACAUUGACGCCCGGCCCGCGCUCGACGACUGGGAGAGCAUUAAGACGCGCCUCUCGGGUCCCGCCUCGUCUCGGCCUACUCAGCUUAGCCCGCCAGCGCGGAGUGGAGGCCAGGCCGCAAAGGCCAAGCGGUGGAUGAUGACGGUGUGCCAUGGAUCUUUUGGCGCGUCGGAAUCACCGCGAGUUCACCGCGACAACUAUUCUCCCCUCUACUUCCCUACCCAACCGCCCAACCUGUCGUUCUCAGCAUUCGAUUCCAUCGUGCCACCGUUGAGCGGUCGAGCAGCCAUGUCCCAGUUCAAGAACCCCUUCAAGCGCGCGCAGCAGGAGAACGACUCGGGCCAGAUUACUGUCCACGUCAAGUGGGGGCGUGACCGCCCCCACGCAGCACCUACAAGCCGUGGUCUCCUGCUCGUAGCUGACAACAGGUUCAACAUUCCGAUCCCGAAUCCGAGCCUGACGCCUCUCUCGCAGCUGAUUGGGACUCUGUCGCACCAGACUGGUGUGCCCGCCUCUCAGCUCAAGCUCAUCUAUAAGGGUGCCGUUCUGAAGGACCCAUCGCUCACGAUCUCCUCGUACGGAAUUACGGACGGAGCCGACCUCGCGCUCGUUGGCAAGGAGGGCAAGGGCCCCGAGCCGCCGGCGCCCAAGCCCCAGCAGGUCGUGAAGAAGAAGAACGUCCAGCCCGAGACGGACCAGGAGGACGUCCUGACGAGCUGGAUCCGGAACCUCGUCAACGGCGUCGUCGAGCCGCUCGAGCCCGCCAUUGCGACCUUUGUCUCCUUCACGAAUCCCAAGGCGACCAACCGGCCGAAGCAGGUGCCGCCGUUCGAGACGCUGCAGCGCGAGCACGCGCGUCUGUCGGAGCUCUUACUCCGCGGCCUGCUGGAUCUCGACGGCGUCAACAUCCCCAGCGAGUGGAAGAAUGCUCGCCAGGAGAGGAAGGACGGCGUAAAGCGCCUCCAGGGAGAGCUGAACAAGGUCGACGACUCGUGGGGAGAAAGGAAGCGCCUUGUCGCUUAA